AUGGCGCUCUUUUCAAUUCUCCCAGACAACCUCAGUGCCUUUGAAACAUGGACAACCCGCAUUUUCUUAUUUCUCGCCAUCCUAACCAUCGGGCCAUGGGCCGCCCUCCUUAUCUACGACGUCUUCCUCUAUAUAUGGCGCGCCAUAGCUUACGAGAUACCUGUGUUUGGGGGGCGAGCGCGUGGCAAGACACGUCCAAGGGCCCCGAGCCUCGUUGCGAGACCGAACGGCCAUCGUCGAAGCUUCAGUAUUGGGAAGCCUUCGUCUCUCGGCAGCAACUCUCCAGCUUCAUUUAGUGGUACAAAUCACACGGAUCUGUCGGAUGUGAAGCUCCGCCAACUACACGAAGAGCACGAAGACAGCUCUUCAAGUACCUGA